AUGACUAUUGCUGCAUAUGCGUAUGAAACAAAUGAAGCAAGAAGAGCACAUGAACUAGUAAACGAAAACUCAACUUUAACCAUUGAAGGCAAUGAUUUAGUCAUUGACGAUGGAAAAACUAAAAAAGUCAUUGAUUUCGAUACUUUUAACACUUAUGACCCAUUCAUUACAACAAGCAAGGUUCCCAUCAUAAAUGAUGGAACGGUGCAAUAUAUAAAUUCUACAGUAGAUGCCUCAUUAGUGAAAGUAUUAAAUGUUCUCAUUGAAUUGUUAAAGAGCUUUCGAUUUGACGACAACAUUAAAUGCCUAAAGAAUUUAGUCAUGAAUGAGAAACAAAUUCUCGGCGUUGCUGGUAGCAGUAAUGAUGUACACCUUAUGACAUUAGAAUAUUAUAACGAACAUAAAGAUGAACUGAAAGGAGAGAAGGGUGACACCGGACCUCAAGGACCACAAGGAAUACAAGGAAUACAAGGAAUACAAGGACCUCAAGGCGAAAACGGUUUGGAUGGAAAGGAUGGAAAGGAUGGAAAAACUGCUAAAUCAUGGAUAUGGAACCUUAUAAAUACUGGUUUAACAGCUGCUUCAUAUGGAGUUCUUCAAUACCAAAUCGGAAAGAUAUGGGCAGUACUUGGUGAAGAAGUUUUAGAUGACGUUAAAAAUGCUUUGAACUUCAUUUCAAAUGGUUCGGAUACUAUUAAAACUUUAUCUGGUUGGAUGCAAGAAACAAGGAGUCAAAUAGAUACUGUAAGACGUAUAGCAAACAAUGCAC